CGAAAACGGCGGGAGGAGCGGAAAGAAAGUUGUGGCGCCGUCAUAACAGCUAUUACGUGAAAAUGUUCUCACGUCUGGGCCGCAGAGGAGACUGCUGACAUGAGACGGGUGGUUUACAAGUGACCCCAUCUUCUGGAGUCCAGUCAGUCCACCUGAAUAGCAUCAGCCAGCAUGUGGCCUCCAGACUUUGGACCUCCAGACGUCCAGUUGACUGCUUCUGGCUUUGGAAGUGUGUUUGAAGAUGCAAAAGACCUACAAGCUCCGCCGUCCUUUGUGGCCUUUUCCCAGUCGCCUAUUCUCUCUGGAGGGUUUGGAUCAUGCUGCGUCUCGAGGACCUCGUCUCUUGUUCGAGACAUCACCUCUCUUUGUAAGAACCAAGGAUCCCACGUGAAGCCACCGUCCGAGGAGUUGGCCCACACAGACAUCAAAAUCAACCAGAAGUUCAACAGUUUCACACAAAACUCUUAUCCUCUGUCUUACACAAUGAGCAGCUGUGCCGCCCAAAACUGCUCCCAGCAAAGUUCCAAUUUUUCGUCGGCCCUCCCUGACGUUCUCUUGCCCCACAGCAAAACUCCUCUGCAGGAGCAAAAACAUCCCGAGGGGUAUCAGUCGAUAAAACAAGAGCCAUCAGAUGAGUUCUCGCCGUGCAAGAGGGAGGCGUUCCCAGUCAAGGCACACGCCGGACCGUCCUGCCAGGACCACGACCUCCGGGACAGUAGUCCCCUUCACUCUGCGGGAGAACAGCUGGACCAGCCGUGCAACUGGAUCGACUGCAGCGCCACCUACAGCAGCCAGGAGGAGCUGGUGAGACACAUCGAGAAGGUGCACAUCGACCAGCGAAAGGGGGAGGAGUUUGCAUGUUUCUGGAGCGGUUGUGUGCGGCGCCACAAGCCUUUCAACGCUCGCUACAAGCUGCUCAUCCACAUGAGGGUCCACUCGGGAGAGAAACCCAACAAAUGCAUGUUUGAAGGCUGCUCCAAAGCCUUCUCGCGACUGGAGAACCUGAAGAUCCACCUGAGGAGCCACACCGGAGAGAAGCCAUACAUCUGCCAGCACCCCGGCUGCCUGAAGGCCUUCAGCAACUCCAGCGACCGAGCGAAACACCAGCGCACUCACCUGGACACGAAGCCGUACGCCUGCCAGAUCCCGGGGUGCACCAAGCGCUACACCGACCCCAGUUCCCUCAGGAAGCACGUGAAGGCACAUUCAGCGAAAGGCGUUCAAGAACUUAAGGCUCAUGCACACUCCAUCUUGGAAUCGGACGUUUUAAGCGAUUGUUUGGAGAGGCAGCAUCUCCACAGCUCUGCCGCGCCACAGCAGGGACACAGUCCACCACUACCAGGCUUAGAUGAACUCACAGGUGUUUACGGCAACAGAGAGUUCAUGCCUCCAUCGUCCGAAAUCUGCGGCCGCUAUCAGAACCUGGACGGGAACCUGACUGCCAGCAGCCCGGCAUCUUCUUUGUCCAGCCCAGGGAGCAUCACAGAAGGCAACAGACCCUCAUUCUCCACAGAGCGAACCGAUGUUUGGCUCCAGGGUCUCCAGAAAACCUUCAGCCACCAUCAGCAGCAGGUGUCCUCACAGCAAGCAGGUUGUCUGUUUGUAGACGGGAAGCCGGCUGUUGACGGAGGAUUCGAACCUGCAACCUAUUUUACCAACGCGACCACUGCACACUCAACAGGUGAGUCAGGGUUUGACCUGCUGCAGGACCUGCAGGGUCAGGCGGGUGGGGGCCUGUCCAUGUCCACCUGCCCCGACGACAGCUUCCUCUUCCAGCCUGGAGGCAUCGACCGCUGCCUCAAUCAGAUCUUCUCCAUUUAUCUGGACUCAUGAAGGACAUAGAAAAAAUCGCUGGAAUUUAUUUACUCAAGUUCGGACUGGAACAAUGUGAAAAUGUUGUCUAAGACGGAGAGAUCGUAAGUCUGAACCCAUACUGGUCACUGGGUUCACCUCCCUGCUCUUAGCAGGUCCGCUUUAUUCAACAAAAGUCGGUCACCAAUUGGAAACGCACAUGGGAAAACCUGUCACGUUUGUUUACUCCACUAGCAAAGAAAGUUUUAAAAGUCAAACCUUGCCAACAGCAACUUUGGCUGCAGUCAGUCUUCCAGCCGUAACACUUUCCUGAGUUUGUAUUUUGAGCAUUAAUUCUGUCGAUUUUGAGCUUGUUAUUUUAGUGACAGUCUUUAAACUGCCACUCAAAACUGUUUUAAAAGAUAUGAAGUGAAGUCCAUCUCUUUUUUCCAUGUAUAUGUGUCUAUAAAGACGAACUAUGAGAGUAGUUUUAUAUCACUGCAAUGAGUUGACGUACUCUUCACUUUGUUUGUUUUUGUCUUCAUUCAUUUGUAUGAAAAACCGGAGAUACUGUUUUAUGUUGUGAAUUUACUGUCACUGCCAUGUUCAGAACACAGUACAUCAUACAUUUGAUUUUUUUAAUUUCACUCAGUUUCAUAUCUUCUUUGAAUAUUAGCUGAGAGCAACAUUUUACACUUAUUAAUUGCACUUUACGAUUCAUACGACAAUAAGUCAGUAAUUCUCACUUAAGUUUUGGUGUCCCUGAACUGGAUUCUUGUCACAUGUAACGUUUAGUCUACCAGAAUGUACUUCAAUAACAUUAUGACCACCUACCUUUUUCUGUACCUCCAGAAUUGCGACUGUCCACUGCGGUCAUCAACAUUUGGGUGGUCAUAAUGUUUUGGCUCAUUGAGUGGCUAUAGUACGGAGCAGUGCUGCCCUCUACAGUCGAACAAACAAACUGUACGUCAAUGAAGCUCAGUGUAAAAAAGGAAGCAUGUAUCUUAUUUUUGUUUAUUUUAUUUAACCACUUGUUGCUUUUAAGUGCAUUUCCCAGCUUUAUUGUAUCGUUUCUAAAGAGGUGUGAGUUGUUUACAAAGCCUUUUCUGCACUCUUAAUCAUUCCCUGAACAAAAUGUUUACACUGAUUUUGUAGCAAAAUAGAUAUCUCUUACCACGUAGUGUAC